AUGCAGGAGACAGACAUACAAAAGUACUACAACGGUGCCACUGUUUUUUUAACGGGCGGCACUGGUUUUUUGGGAAAAAUACUCAUAGAAAAACUGUUGAGGAGCACGGAAGUGAAAAUGAUAUACAUUUUGAUCAGGGAUAAGAAAGGAAAAAACGUUCACAGCAGGGCAGACGAAUUGUUUGACGAUGUGAUUUUCGAGGUUCUAAAAAAGAAAACCCCGAAAUUUCGACACAAAAUCGAGCCCAUACCGGGCGAUUGCUCGAUAAGUGGCCUGGGCUUGACUUUGGAAGACAGAAAAAAAAUCAUCACGAACACCAACAUGGUCUUCCACGUGGCGGCCACAGUGAGAUUCGACGAAAACCUAAAAUUAGCCUACUCCGUUAACGUGAACGCGGCAAAGGAAAUACUGGAUUUGAGUCGACAAAUGAAAAAUUUGAAAUCUGUAAUGCAUGUUUCUACUGCCUAUUCAAACUGCCACCUGAAAGAAAUAGACGAGAAAUUUUACGACUAUCCGGUUAACUAUGAUGAUGUGGGCGUUGUUUUGGAAAAACUCACGAAAAACGAGGCAGACGACAUUACCCCAAGGAUAUUAGGCAAAUGGCCCAACACUUAUACAUUUACUAAAGCGCUGGCUGAAUCAUUAAUUAAAAAAACAGGAAAUGGAAUACCAAUUGGGAUAUUUAGGCCAGCUAUCGUGGUUUCAACAUACAAAGAACCAAUCCCCGGUUGGAUUGAUAAUAUGUACGGUCCAACCGGAAUUGUUGCCGGAGGGAGUUCCGGACUUUUAAGGGUAAUGAAAAACGACGAAUCGAUGUUGGCCGAUCUGGUACCGGUUGAUACGUGUGUAGCCGGCCUUAUUGCAGCAGCAUGGGACGUGGGAACCCAAAAAACCGAAAGAACCGUCGAAAACAUUUCGAUAUACAACUACGUGUCGUCAGUGGAAAACCCCCUUAGAUGGAGCGACUUUCACAAUAUAAACGCUCUACACGGCCUUAAAUACCCACUGACCAACACUUUCUGGACGUCCGGCGUUAAAGGUACAAAGCACGAAAAAUUGUACACAAUAUACACAUUUUUGUUUCACUUUUUACCCGCUAUCGUCAUGGACCUGGUUGCUUUCGUCACGGGGAACAAACCUAGGUUAAUGGAAAUGUACAGGAAAAUCCACAAACUCGUGGAUGUAAUAAGCUACUUUAGCCUAAGAGAGUGGACUUUUUCCAACGACAAUACCAAAAAAUUGUUCAAUAAAUUGUCGGAAAAAGACAAAUUAUUGUUUCCUCUAAGCAUUGAAAGAGUUAAUUGGUAUAUCUUUUUCAAUGAUUACAUGAAGGGAGUAAGGAAAUAUUUGUUGAAGGAUCCCGAUGAUACAUUACAGGUGGCCUUAGUUAAAGCUAAAAGAAUUAACUGGAUCGACACCAUCCUUAAGAAAGUUAUACAGGGCGUUUUAGUGAUAUUGGUGUGGAGUUAUGUUUCAAAAAUAUUUUCUUACUAA